AAAGAAACCGCGCAUGUAUUUGUGUACAAAUUAAAACAUGUUUGUGUAUUAUGUGUUUCACUGAAAGUAUAAAUAAACUUAACAGCACUAGUGAGAAUCAAAUGGAUAAAUAAUUAUAAUUUUGUGUUUAACAUUAGACGUUGAAUUUUUUUCCAAAUUGGGGUGUCCUUUCCAGUUUCGCUCUCAAACCAUCGCACGCCACUAAAGCAAGUUUAAUGCCAGUAAUACGUGGAAAUUACUCAUAAUUAACAAACAAACAUCAUGUUCUAUUGUUUAUAAGGGCUGCCCACGCAUGCACAGUUUGGUCUCAUCGACAAUGAAUAAGGCACAAGCAUGCAAUGAAGAGUCUGAAGACAUAACAAUGACUCCCCAAGAAUUGCAUGUUUUGUCAGAAUUAGACAGUCGACAGUAUGGGUUCUUAAUACUUACUUCUCCUGAGAAUGCCAAGAAACGAGCCCUUGUCGUUAAGGCUAUCAAGUAUUUACAAUUAAUGGUAAUACAAGCACGACAAACUCUGCAUCACGAUCAUGAGGGAAACAUAAAUCAGUUGGCUUCUAUGAAGAAAAUAAGCAUCGAUCCUAAAACGUGGGUGAAGUUGGGACAUUUUCAUUUGCUUUUGGAAGAAUACAGGAAAGCAUUAUCUGCAUAUCAGAUGUUUUACAAGACACAAGCCGCCAAUCACUGGAUGGAGCCCACAUUUUUGUAUGGUCUUGGAUUGGUGUACUUCCACUUUAACGCAUAUCAGUGGUCAGUUAAAGCGUUCCAACAGCUUUUGUACGUUUCACCCGGAUUCCAAAAGGCCAAUGAAGUCCAUUUACGUUUGGGAUUGAUGUUCAAAGUUACCCAGGAGUAUGAGUCGUCUUUAAAACACUUCCAGCUCGCUCUAACCGACAGUAGUCCCUGCACAGCAUCACAGAGUAACAUUAAGUUUCAUAUUGCGCACGUCUUAGAAGUACAAGGUAAAAUAAAGGGCGCGAAAGAAAAAUACGAAUUAUUAUUGAGGGAUAAAGGUAUCGGUACCUCAUUGCGGUCCGACAUCUUUCGCCAAUUAGGAUGGCUUUAUCACUGUCAUGAUAUUCUCGGUGACAAAAAUCAUCGCAUACCAUUAGCUAUCCACUGCCUUCAAAGAGCAAUAGAAGCUGAACCACACUCAGGGCAAACGCUUUAUUUACUAGGUCGUUGUUAUGCUAGUAUUGGUAAAGUUCACGAUGCCUUUAUUGCCUACAGAAAUUCUGUAGAAAAAUCUGAAGGCAACGCAGAUACAUGGUGCUCCAUUGGAGUACUCUACCAGCAGCAGAGUCAGCCUAUGGAUGCUUUACAAGCGUACAUAUGUGCUGUGCAAUUGGAUAAGUGUCACUCCGCUGCCUGGGCUAAUUUAGGGAUUUUAUAUGAAAGUUGUGGACAAGCCCGCGACGCCUACGCUUGCUACCUAAACUCUAAUAACGGUCUGUCGAAUCAGAAUUUAUUAGAAAUUUCUCUAGAAUCGUACAUACCUUCAAAAACUGCCCGUCAACCUCUUCCUUCUAUGGGAAUGAACCCUCGUCUCACCCAAAGAAUUACCUUCCUUCAAACACAUCUAGCAAAUGCCCCAAUGCCGAGCGCCACUAGUCAAAGAAAGCAGUUACUCUCCAUUGAAGAGGCCUGGAAUCUACCGAUAUCAGCAGAAAUGUCCUCUCGCCAACAACAGCAACAGCAAAGCGGAACGCAGCAGCCUCGGCCGAUUACGCAAACCUACCUGAAAACCUCUUUCACGCAAAACGGACCUCAGGGCCCCCCACCUCCGUAUCCAUCACCCGGGCCACCGAAUAAACGAUUUAAAAGUGAGAAUGGCGAACAAAAGCUGCCAGCUACACCUCAGCCGCCGCAGCAACAACCUUCCUUUUAUUUAACACAGCAACAACUUCAGUUAUUGAAUUUCUUUCAGCAAAAUAUAUCCACCUUGACGCCUGCGCAACAGACGCUUAUGCAACAAUUCCAACAUCAAUACAGGCUUAUGCAGCAACACCAGCAACAGAUGUUAAGCCAAAGACAACCAACAACUGCCUCGCCUCGACAGCUUUCGAACAUAGUGUCGUACAAUAGUACGCCUCAUCAGUAUUCACCACAAGUCAUACCUCCUAACAGGCCGUCUUCUCUAGACGCGAUCAAAAGCUUUUCGCCCACUCAACCUUCGAGUUUUAUCAAAGUGGAAAAACUCGUACAACCCGCUUUGAUGGCUCCCGUUCCGAAUUGUACAAAGGACUUGGGUCUCCCCAAUAAUAAUUCCGCGGACCUAGACGUUAGCGAAGAGGAGUUGCAACACUUGCUAUCUGAAAAAGAUUUGACAACUACGUUUGCGGAAAACCUUUUAAAACAGUUUGUGUCAGACGACAUAGAUCAAGUAAAAGAAGAGGACGUGUCAGGCAACAAUUUAUCGUGUGGUCCAUUUUCUCCGUCAAAUACAAGCAUGGAAAUUGAAAAAUACAAAUUGAAAAUGAAACCUCCACUGCAGGACGGUAUUUUAACGAUAAAAUCCGAACCCCCGUGGGACUUGGAUCCGAUCGGCUCAUAUGAAAAACGCUCUGAUUCUGAAUACUCCAUUGAAAUGAAUUCUAAAUCGAUUCUAGAGAUGUGCAAAGGCGAAGGUGUUAAAGGUGAAAUUAGCAAUUCACUAAUAGCCGAUUGUGCUCCGCCUCCUGCACCGCCCGACCCACCCUCUCACAAAUUAAACCACCAACAACUACUGCCGCCCACACCCUCUGUUUACCUCGAUAAUAAAAAGCACGCGUUUAGUCCACAGCUUCAGGAAUUUUGCUUGAAGCAUCCCAUCGCAGUCAUUCGCGGUUUAGCUUCGGCCUUAAAAUUAGAUCUAGGCUUGUUCUCUACGAAAACGCUGGUGGAGGCGAAUCCUGAUCACACAGUCGAGGUCAGAACACAAAUUCAACAACCAUCGGAUGAAAAUUGGGAUCCACAGUUGGGACGUAAGGUUUGGGCGUGCAUAUCGCAUCGGUCGCAUACAACGAUAGCGAGGUACGCCCAAUACCAAGCUUCCAGUUUUAAAGAAAGUCUAAAGGAGGAGCGUGAUAAAUCUCUCGGUUCCGCCUAUAAUCUUUCAGAUUCCGAUUCCAAAGACUCCAAUAAUUUUUCGCGAAGGAAAAACAAGAAUAAUUCCACCUUACCGCAAUCCGGCGUUAUCAAAAAUUAUAAUCCUCCUAAAAUGCUCAAAUUUGGAACUAAUGUUGAUUUAUCGGAUGAACGUAAAUGGAAACCUCAACUCCAAGAACUUAUGAAACUGCCUGCCUUUGCGAGAGUGGUGUCCGCUGGAAAUAUGUUGUCACAUGUUGGCCAUGUCAUUUUAGGAAUGAACACUGUUCAGCUUUACAUGAAGGUGCCUGGCAGUCGAACGCCCGGUCAUCAAGAGAACAAUAACUUCUGUUCGAUUAACAUUAACAUCGGACCAGGAGAUUGUGAAUGGUUUGCUGUACCUGACGCGUAUUGGGGUGCCGUAUGUGCCUUAUGCGAGAAAAACCAAAUAAACUACCUUCACGGAUCCUGGUGGCCCGUUCUCGACGACCUCUACAAGUCGAACAUACCAGUGUAUAGAUUCCUACAGAGACCCGGCGAUCUCGUCUGGGUUAAUGCUGGCUGCGUUCACUGGGUGCAGGCGGUGGGAUGGUGUAAUAAUAUAGCGUGGAACGUCGGUCCGUUAACCGCCAGGCAGUAUCAGUUGGCGAUCGAGCGGUACGAGUGGAAUAAGCUUCAGAGUUACAAGUCGAUAGUUCCCAUGCUGCAUUUGUCGUGGAAUUUAGCUAGAAAUAUUAAAGUGUCCGAUCCGAGGUUGUUUGCGUCAAUUAAGAAGUGCUUGUUGAGAACAUUACGACAGUGUUCCAUGAUCUUGGAGUUUGUGAAGCAUAAGGGUGUAGAUGUAAAGUUUCACGGACGAGGUAAAAAUGAAGCGUCCCAUUACUGUGGGCAGUGUGAAAUUGAGGUGUUCAACAUAUUGUUCAUACGUGAGCAAGAGAAGCGCCACGUUGUUCACUGCCUUGACUGCGCAAGGAAGCAGUCGUCUAAUUUGGAAGGCUUCGUUUGUCUCGAGGAGUACAGGAUGGAGGAACUUAUGGAUGUAUACGACAGUUUUGUGUUGCAUCCUGUGGUAAGUUCCAUAAACGAAUCCUUCCGCUUAAUGUCGUAGGAAGAUUCUAUGUUGCUCAGCUACCACUGCCAGUUGUAACAAAGGUACAAUUCAGAACACAGAGUUCGGUAGAUACGUUCUAAUCUUGUAUAGGUUUGUAAAUAUAAUUUAGUAGAAUAAAAGGCUGUGUGUUGAAUAUUUCUGUAAAAUGUGUUCCGUAUUGGAUGUUUUCCAUUACAAUUUAAAAAUUUUUUUUAACCAAAUGAUUAUAGAGCGGAAGUAAAAUGUGUUCAUUGCUAGCGAAGAUAACUCUACUUGAGCAGUGCCAGUUAAGAGUUAUUUUAAACAGGCCUAUAGGGCGCAUGUGCAAUUUUUUUGGUUUAAUUUGGUUGAUGAGUACUACAGCAGUAAAAUAUACAUAUUAUGCCUUUUUACUUUUAAUAAGCACUAGAUUUCAUACAAUCUGUAGCUGCCAUGACCAUAUUUUUGGUUUCUGAAAUGAAUAUUUUUCUCUCCAACUUUUGAAUUAAUUUGGUACCAUUGUUUAUUGACUUGUUUAAGUUGUGGAUCGAAUCGUAACAACAAAUUGCUUCACACUUUCACUACCAUACAUGGUGACAUUCUAUAGAGCAAUUUUUUAAAAUAUGCUAAAGCAUAAAUACUGCCCAAAGUUUCGUUUAAUUUUAGUCUGAAGGUUUGGUGUCUAGUUCUACUUCAAAGGUGUACUCUGCAUGCAUAAGCGAAGUGGAUUUUCGUAUGAGUGAAGUUGUAAGUGUGAGCAAUUUCUUUUAUUUCCAACUUUUUUUUUUAUUCUAUUGUGUUACUGUCUUAUUUUAACAAAAUGAAAUUGUCUUCCAAUAUCAAAGGACAGAAAAUUUGAAAGUUUGUUGUACAUCAAAAACACAGUUUUUUUCGUACUUGUUUCAUAUUUUAAAAAAGUACCGAUUGAGCACCCUGUAAUUUUAUAAUUGAUAACCACAAUGUGCGCCACGGCCUGUUUAUCUUAACAGCAAAACUGUUACACAACUGUCAUCUUGUAAGUUAAUUUAGUAUUGUUUACGUUUAGGUAAUACGAAAUUUAAAUUGCGAUUUAGUGGUGACUGUGGAAUAUUUAGUUUCUAUUUAAAUAAUUUGAAUUCUAGUUAACGUAAGCGUGCCAUAUUUUGAUCAGUUUAAAUUUCGAUCUUGUAAAAAAAUAGUUAAAGUGUGUGUAAGCGAAUUUUCCUUUUGUAAAUUGAACAAUCGUCGAGAGUGCUUGGGAGUUAAUUUUUGAAAUACUGGCGCGAAAUUAAAAGUAAUAUGUAUUUUGAUCUCAAUAGUUGUAAAUGACCUUCUGUAAUGUAACAUAGUUAAGUGCCGGUUUGAUGGAUGCGGGACCUUUAAAUGUAUAUUGAUUGAAAAAUGUCAAAUCAUUGCCCCGAAUUUGUAAUUAUUAAUUUAAUGUACUUGUCUUAAAGGUUAAGAUUUUAAAUUGUAAGUUAACACGUGUUAUUUAUUUUAUAAUGUUUGAAUGUCAUAUGAGUGUCUAGUAUAAUGUGAAACGAUAGCAAAGUUUAAAUGUACUUUUCAGUCACUGCCACUUUGUGAUACAGCGUUAACUUCGAAAUAUAAACUGUUGUUUGCACAGACAGCAUGAGUUUGUACAGUGCCUUCAGUAACUGUCUUGAGCUACAAAAAUAUUUUUUGCGAUUAUUCACCUACUGUGAGUUAAAUGUACAUAAAUAUAACUUAUAAGAAAUGAAAAUAUUCUCAACUUUUAUCAAAUUUUCUUUUCAAUUUAUAUUUUGAAGUCUGAUAUAGAACCAUAUAAGAGUUUAUCAAAAUAGUCGUAAUUUAUAACUAUUAAAUACUAAAUGGAAAU